AUGGGCGGGGCCGGGCCCGGGCCCGGAGCGGAGCCCCCGGCGGGGCCCGACCUGGCCCCCGAGGAGGAGCUGCCGCCACUGGACCCGGCCGAGGUGCGGAGCCGCCUGGAGCACAGCGAGCAGCAAUUCCGCAACCGGCGGAAGGUGCUGAUCCGCGGCUUACCGGCGGAUGUGACCAACCAGGAUAUCCAUGAGCUGCUGAAGGAUUACGAGCUCAAGUAUUGCUUCGUGGACAAGUACAAGGGAACAGCCUUCGUGACGCUGCUGACGGCCGAGCAGGCGGCCUCGGCGGUCGGGCGCUUCCACGGCCGCUCCCUGCGGCAGCGCACGCUGCGGGUGCAGCUGCAGCCCACGGAGGCCGUGCUGUGCGUGGCCAACCUGCCCCGCCUGCUGACCCAGCCGCAGUUCGAGGAGCUGCUGCGGCCCUUCGGCAGCCUGGAGCGCUGCUUCCUGGUCUACAGCCCCGCCACGGGCCACUCCAAGGGCUACGGCUUCGUGGAGUUCAUGAAGAAGGACUCGGCGGCGCGGGCGCGCUCGGAGCUGCUGGGCAAGCGGCUGGGCACCCGGAGGCUGCACGUGCACUGGGUGGACGCGGCGCAGCUGAGCCCCGAGCUGCUGCACUCGCGCUGCCUGUGCGUGGACAGGCUGCCCCGGGGCUUCACCGACCUGCAGGGGCUCAGGGCCGUGUUCCAGAGGGUCUGCGAGCCCUCCUUCUGCCAGCUGGCCAUCGGGCAGGACGGGCAGCCCAAGGGUUUUGCAGUUGUGGAGUUGGAGUCCCCCGAGGCGGCCGAGCGAGCCAGGAGGCCACGGACGGGUUCCGUCUGUCCGGGCAGCACAUCCGUGUGUCCUUCUGCGCCCCCCGGGCCCUCGGGCCGCAGCAUGCUGGCUGCGCUGAUCGCCGCCCAGACCACGGCCCUGAACCGCGGCAAGGGGCUGCUCCCCGAGCCCUCCCUGCUGCAGAUCCUGGGCAGCCUGGGCAACCCGGCCUCGCUGCAGCUGCUGCUCAACCCCCUGCUCCAGGGGCCCUGGGCGCCAAGCAGGAAACCGGGAAUUUUGGGCGAUUCCCCGCUGAGCUCCCUGGCCCAGCCCCCCGGGAAGCUCCUGGGGGAGAUUCCCUCAGGUCUCUCUCCUGGGGGAGCCCCCGAAGGAUUUGAGGAUCCCCCUCAAUCCCUACCUGAACCUGCAGAGCCUCCUGCCCACGCCCGCCUGCAGGAUUUGGGGUCCCGGAUUUUCCCCCAGCCCCGCGACCACGGCUCCAUCCUGGGGGGCUUCGGGCACGGCAGGCACAAGGUCUCCUCCUCCUCGGGGUUGGACAGGGGGGGUCUGGGACCCCCAGGGCCCCCCUUUUUCUCAGGAUCCCCCAGUUCCUACUUCACCAGUGGCCUCCAGGCCGGGCUCAAGCAGAGCCACCUCAGCAAGACGCCGCUAGGGGGGCACAAGAGGGGCUUCUCCCACCUGCUGCCGUCGCCCGAGCCCAGCCCCGAGGGCUCCUACGUGGGCCAGCACUCCCAGGGCCUGGGGGGCCACUACGCCGACUCCUACCUGAAGAGAAAAAGGAUAUUUUAG